AUGAAAAGAAAGAGGGAACCCUCUCAGAAGACAACUGUUCAGAAAAAGAAGAUUCUCAAUCUAGGAAAGUCUUUAGCAACCAAGAAGAAGCCAGCGCCUCUGACCUUUUCUUCAGCACCUUCUGGUAAUAUCUCCAUCUCAGAAGUUCUGAACUCCUCCGUCUCUGUUUCUAGGAAACUUGCCUCAUCAAUUCCUCUACCACCUCCCAUAAUCUCAACCACAGUUACAACUUCCUCCACUCCACCUACCAUAAAUAUAAACGUUCCCACUGAAAAAUCCAAAUCUCAACAACCAACAACCUUACUCCCUUCUCAUCAAACUUCUUCACAACCUACCCCAUCUGAACCAACACCAUCCAUACCAAUUCAUUAUGAACUAAACCCAUCCAACCAAACCCACUCAAAACCUACUCCUUCUCAAUCCUUUCCAUCAGAACCCACAAACUCUGAACCCAUCCCUCUCAGAACCAUCAUACCUACACCUUCUCCUCCAUCACCUCUCUUUAACCUCCAACCAACCUCCAUCCCACGUUCUGAAGCAAUGUUGUUCAACGAAUCCUUCUCACCAACCGUAUCCACAACAUACAACACCACUCUUUACUAUGACCUCACCACAUCCUCUGAACAUUCUGGUUCAGAUCAUCCCGACCGAACCUCCCCAAACCUUGAAGAUAUUCUAGCCACAAUUGACCCAGAAAGAACUCUUUCUGCUGAACGGGAAGCAACUGAGAAAGCUGCCAAGGAGGUUGCUGAGAAAGGUGCUGCAAAAGAGAAAUCUGAGAUAGAAGCAGAAGCUACAAGAGUCACAGAAGCUGCUCAGAAGGCUGAAUCUGAGAAAGCUGUUGAGGUUACUCGGAUUCAGGGAGAGUCAUCAACAGCUGAUCUUGCCCCUCUGGUCAUUAACACUCUAGAAGAGUUACAGAAAGAACAACAACUGGUCAGAAUCAGACUCGGCAAACAAGAUCAGGUCAACAACAACAUUCAGAACCUGCUAGCCGAGCUACUUCAGAGGAUGCCUCCUCCACCUAAACUUUAG